AUGUCUACUGCUUGUUUCAGAGGCCUUUUCAGGACAAAGCACGCACAAAUUAUCCCAGAACAGUAUCCGAUAUUUCUUCCCUUUCACAGGAAGCAACUGCUGCAAGUCGGUGUCCACCUUUUUUCUUCUCUGGCAGCUGAAGCAAAAGGCUGCAAACAUCCAGGACUGACUCUAUCGUUCAAGCAACCUAGAGAAACAAAUAGAAACCUGGAUCCCAGAGACAAGCACGGACGCAACCAGGGCGCCGAGCCCAGAGCGGAAGCCUCGGCUACUCCUCCACUCGCGGCGCGGACAGGGCGGCAGCGGUGUUUGACGGAGGGCGCAGCCUAUCAGCGAAAUCCUCCUGCUGCCGCUCAGCCCCGGCAGGAAAACACGCUGGGGGUGCGGCGGGGGACGGGGAGUAGGGGCUGGCAGGGUUGCGGGGAAAAACAGGGAAAGGAAGGGUCAUGGCUCGCUUUAUUGGGAAAGCUGAACAGAUGUACAGGAAGCACCCGGGCGGGAAGCGCUGAUCGGGAGCCGCCGAGGGAGCCCCAGCGCGGCCCGGGGCAUGCUUCCUUUUCCGGGGUGUGCGGACAGACAGACCCCGCUCCCGGGCUGUGGGGACACGCAGAACCCCGGCUCUCGGGGCGUAAGGGCAGACAGAACCCCGGCUCCCGGGGUGUGCGGACAGACAGAACCCCGGCUCCCGGGGUGUGCGGACAGACAGCACCCCGGCUCCCGGGGUGUGCGGACAGACAGAACCCCGGCUCCCGGGGUGCACGACCUCCCGCUGCGGCUCCGCCGAGUGCCCGUCCUCUGCCCUCCCGGCGGCCGCCCUGCUCGCGCCGCCGGGGGCGGCUCCCCCUGCGGUCCCUGAGGGCGGUCCGGGCAGCCCGGCGGGGUAAGGAGGGUGGCGGCCCGGCCGCUCUGUGUUCCCUGCGCUCCCGUUCCCGGGGCUGUCCCGGGCUGUUCCGAGUGCCGCCCCACACCCCCGUGCGCGCGCGCGCACCGCGCGCUCGCCUCGCUCCCUCAAAAUGGCGCCGCUCCGCGCCGCAGUGCUCCCCGCGCGCGCGCGCAAGCUCCGCGAGAACCCCCGCGCGGGGGCCCGGGGAGGAGCGGGCGGGGCUCCCCCGUACCGCCCCCGCCGUGACGUCACGGGAACCAUCCCGAACGUUCGGCGCGGGACGGGGAAUCCCCAGAGCGCGCCCCGCCCUCGCGGCGGGAGUCCCCGGCGCCGCCGUCACCGACCGGGCAGCGGCGCGGGGGCGGGCCCGGGGCGCGGGGCCCGGCGGAAGUGCCGCGCGCCUGCGGGAGCGCCCGCCUAGCGCCGCGGCAGGUCAGCCUGCGGGUGCCGGUGCCAUCCCCGCGUGA